AAGGCCACGCAACGACAACUUCGACUAUAAAGCAUAAACCUCAACUUCUCCGACCUGUAAACUCCUUUGAGGAAAGAAAGAAAAACAAUGGCGAGCACGAGAAGGUCUCUUGUAUCCUCCUUCGCUCGAAUUCGAAUUCUCCUUAAUCCCAGAAAUCAAACAUCUUAUCCCAUUUCACCGAUCCCCUCCCACAGUCAUUACAGGCCGCUUUUGGGUUCUUUCUCGCGAUUGUGCUCUUCUAACCUUGGUAUCGAUCUCUCCGAUGAAGAAGCCAAAAGGCGGUUAGUCAACAGGCUUUUAUAUAGGAGCAAACAAAGAGGGUACCUUGAGCUGGACCUCAUUCUGGGCAAAUGGGUGGAGGAUCAUAUCCAUUCCAUGGAUGAAAAUGGAAUUAAGGCUCUUGUUCAUGUUCUUGAUGUGGAGAAUCCUGAUCUGUGGAAGUGGCUGACGGGUCAGGAGCCAGCCCCAGAUGCAAUAAGAACCAAUCCCGUGUUUACUUCUGUCCACAGGAAGAUCAUGAAUAACCUUGACAAACACGCUGCUCCCGAGACCCGAGCAACUACCGGGCAGUCGUGGGUGAGAGGUUGGGACGAUUUCAAGAGAGGGCGAGACAGCCCUAUAGCCGGGAACCAGUAGCCUUGUCUAAGACAAGUGUUGAACGAAACUCGGAUAACAUAUAGAUAAAUAACCAUGAAGUGAAUGGCUGUAUUAAAAUGUUGUGUAGAUUUAGCUCAAAGUACAAAUAAAACCUUAGCAAUAAUCCGUUGGGUGUGAAACUAUGAAAUCUUAUGGCUCAUAUGGCUCUGAGCAUAUGACACCAGAUUCAAUAUAUAUAUGAAUCUUCUGUUCUGUUUGCAUAAUUUCAA